CCGCUCUCUCCCCCUCCCCAACCCCCCUAGGCUAGUUGUGAAUCGUUGGACUAGGCGAGGAGGGCUGGGGGGCGUCCGGGGAAGGGGGAGGGGGCCUCGCGAGACCCCUCCUGCGUCCCGGGCCGCGGCGCUGAAUCACCGGCGAGGGAGCAUGGGCCCGGGAGGGAAGACUGAGUCACCUGGACACAGGUGCAGACCCCUCCCUGGGUCCUCCAGCACAGCGCUGCUGCGCCCCGGCUUCCCUUGUCUGUAACACGGACCUCCUGGCUCCUCCUUUCCUGGCACCUGUGUGGCCCCAUGUGUGCCCACCUUUAUGAUCAUGACUGAUUUGGUACCCCCUUGAGCAUAGUGAACAAGGUUUCUGCACACACGUGAACGAACCCGUUGCCGCCUUCCCAGCCGGGAGCCCCCCGCCCACCACUGGCAUGCCCCACCAGCCUUCAGCCUGAGCCGGCGCCCGCCCCCGCUCCCCCCGCCACCCUGCACUGCCCCGGCUCCCCCGAGGCCCCCACGCUGCAGUGUGGCCGGGCCCCCUCCCCGCCCCCCGCCCCUGGUGCCCGGGGUGGCGGCGGCCCGGCCCGCAGGGCCAUGAAGCUGCAGGCCGUGAUGGAGACUCUGUUGCAGCGGCGGGCGCGCCAAGAGCUGGAGGCCCGGCAGCAGCCCCCACCUGAGCCCCCCGCCACACCCCUGGCCCGGGCCCGGGCCCCCCCCGACGAGGACAGAGAGCCCGAGAGCGCCCACGUGCAGCGGGCCCAGAUGGCCGCGCUGGCCGCCAUGCGUGCUGCUGCAGCAGGCCUGGGACAUCCACCCAGCCCCAGCGGUUCUGAGGACGGGCCCCCAGGCUCCGAGGACGAGGACUCUGCCCAGGAGGGGGCCCCGGGCUCCCCCACCCUGCCCGGGCAGGGCCGGGAAGGCUCGCGACACCCCGAGGGAGCGGUGCACGUGGAGGACCUGGGCUCGGAUGAGGACCUGAAACCCAAGUGGGAGGAGGAACUGGAGGAAGAAUUGGCGGACGAGGACGAGGACGAGGAUGACUACGAGGACGAGGGGGACGAGGAGGACGAGGGGCUGGGCCCCCCAGGCCCCGGGGGCCCCGGCUCUGCCGGCCUCUUUCCACACAAGGCCCAGCCGGCCCAGGCCUUCCGCGGGGACACUGCUCCCAGGGCGCUGGGCGGGCCUGAGCGACAGGGACCGGGCCCAGCCCACCCCGGAGGGGCCGCCCACUUGGGGCCCCAGCUGCAGCCGCCGCCGGACCCUGGGGAUUGGACCUACGAGGAGCAGUUCAAGCAGCUCUAUGAGCUUGACGGGGACCCCAAGAGGAAGGAGUUUCUGGACGACCUGUUCACCUUCAUGCAGAAGCGCGGCACGCCCGUGAACCGGAUCCCCAUCAUGGCCAAGCAGGUGCUGGACCUGUUCACGCUCUACGUGCUGGUGACCGAGAAGGGCGGCCUGGUCGAGGUCAUCAACAAGAAGCUCUGGCGGGAAAUCACCAAGGGCCUCAACCUGCCCACCUCCAUCACCAGCGCCGCCUUCACCCUGCGGACCCAGUACAUGAAGUACCUGUACCCCUACGAGUGCGAGAGGCGGGGCCUCAGCAGCCCCAGCGAGCUCCAGGCCGCCAUCGACAGCAACCGCAGGGAGGGCCGGCGCCAGGGCUUCGGGGGCUCGCUCUUCACCUACUCGCCCGGCGGAGCCCACGGCACACUGUCCUCGCCCAAGCUACCCGUGCCCGCCCUGGGCCUGGCAGCCAGCACCAAUGGCAGCUCUGCCACCCCAGCCCCCAAGAUCAAGAAAGAGGAAGACUUGGCCAUCCCCAUCACGGUCCCUGGCCGCCUGCCCGUGUCCCUGGCAGGUCAUCCUGUGGUGGCCGCCCAAGCCGCAGCAGUACAGGCCGCAGCCGCCCAGGCGGCCGUGGCAGCCCAGGCAGCCGCCCUGGAGCAGCUUCGAGAGAAGCUGGAAUCUGGGGAGCCUCCCGAGAAGAAGAUGGCCCUGGUGACUGAUGAGCAGCAGCGGCUCAUGCAGCGAGCCCUGCAGCAGAACUUCCUGGCCAUGACGGCACAGCUGCCCAUGAACAUCCGGAUCAACAGCCAAGCCUCUGAGAGCCGCCAGGAAUCGGCUGUGAACCUGACGGGCACCAACGGCAGCAACAGUAUCAGCAUGUCCGUGGAGAUCAACGGCAUCAUGUACACAGGAGUGCUGUUCGCCCAGCCGCCGGCCCCCACGCCGCCCUCCGCGCCCAGCAAGGGCGGCGGCAGCACCGCGGGCAGCCGGGGAGGAACCGGCGGGACCAGCGCUGGCGCGGGCGGCCAGGCGGGGCCUGCAGGACUGCCCGCGCCCCCCACCUCUACCUCAGACACCUCGCCGCCUUAGCCGCCGCCACCCGCCGCCACCGCCGCCGCCACCGCCCGAGCGCCAGGAGGGUGCGCAGCGCGGCGCGGGGAGGGCGAGGCCCAGGAAGCCAGCGACGCCAAAAAGGAAAGAAAGAGAUAUACAUAUAUAAAUAUAUAUAUAAAGCAAAUUUAAUAAAACAGGGAGAACCAAGGAACACUGACUGUCUCAGGUUUCAGACACCGAGGCUCGCGAGGACCACGGAGGAGACCGCCGCAGCCCGCUGACCUGCGCCCUCCGCGCCCGCCUGCGUUGAGUGAGACCCCCGAGCCAUAGCCACUGAAUUUUUUUUUUUUCCUGUUGCUUUGGAAACUUUUUUUUUUUUUUUUUUAAGAAAUAGCAACAUUCAAACUAUAGGUUUUUAAAAGGUUUCCGGAUUUGUAAAUAUCCUAUUUUAUUCUUGGGGGGGCCAAACUUUAGGAAAAGGAAUAUCUAUAUAUCUAUAUAUCUAUAUAUUUGUGUUCAUUCAGGGAAACGGACUUGAAAGCAAACACAGCAACCGCGUAAUGACGUUGUAUCUCCCAGGGACCCUCCUGCUCGCGCCCAUCCUGUGGCGUACCUGCUGUUCGAGGCCCACUUGGGGUUCCCCCAACACCCUCUCUGGUGCUGGCUCCAGCUGCCGGGCCUCAAUUCAGGGACCUGGGAAUCUUAACCAGGAUGUAGAAAGGGCCUGGAGCGUGGGAGGGGGCUUCACGGUGGCAGCCCCCAGGCUCCUGUCUCAGGGACUAAUACGCUGGACUCUUGCCUAGAAGGGCUACUUUUGGGGACUAUCGAUGUGGGGGAACGGGGUAAAGCCGGGCCCAGCUCAGGGUGAGGAAUUUGGGGCCACGGAUCCCCAGCACCGCACCCCCACAUUCUCAUCUUUCCUUUGUCUUCUCUUCACCCCUUUUGCAAGGGGCUGGGGUUCCCCGCAGUUCUGCAGCGACGGUAACUAAACAGAGGCCCUGAAGGACCUUGCCCCCUACCCAGGUCAGUGGGUGUUGGCAGAGCUGGGCUUCAUUUCCGCCAUGGCCACUGGGGCAGAAACUCAUGGUCCCCAGCCUGGGUUUGGGGAACACUUUUGGGCCAGAGCUCAGCUCACUAUCAUGUCUGGAGGCCAGCGUAGCAGGGAGCAACCAGGCUGUGCCCAGGUGAGCUUGGGAUCGCUAAUUGGGCCCGGGGCACCCGACCUAAUGGGCAGGGAGGAGCUGAGGCCUCCCAGGCUGGCCCACGGGGCUCCUGGCCCCACCCAAGUCCUCUCCUGUCUUUGGGGAGGGAACCCCUUUCUUCCCAGGUCUCAGGGCCUCCAACAUGUCCCCCACCCUUCCAGGAGGGAUGGGGCCUCCAGAGCUUUUCUCCGCUUUUCUUCUGGAAGGUUCUGCCUGCUGCGCCUUGUAGGCAGGCGUCUUUGCCGCACAAUCAUUCCUGGGAGUGGGGGUCUUUUUGUCCCAGGACUCAAUCUUGCCCCCCUCCAAGAACCAUCUGGACUCUGUCCAAAAUCUGCCUCCCUCAGCCUCCUGGCCAUGGCUCUGCAGCCAGCUGCCUUGGGGGCUCCAACCCCUUGUCCUACACUAGGGUCCUGUACGGGCAGUGUCCACUGCACAUUUCUUUCUACCUCAGGUCUGACUUUUGAUGCCAAAAACUGGCCCGGCUGUCUCCCAGGUACUCAGCAUGCCGGCCUGGCCCUGGCCCUGGCCCUGGCCUCUGGCAGCUCGGGAAGGGGCCAGGGCCACUUCCACCAGCCCCUCAGAUGGUGCAUGUGUUGUGUGCGUGUGGGGACCCACUGCGGUGUGUGGAGGUCCAGCCUUGCACCAGGCUGGAUCCUGACUCAGGGGAUUUGGCCCUCGGCUGCUCAGUGAUUGUAGGACACGGGGACCUGACUGGUCAUGGAAAUGGGAGUCUGUGGGACCCCAUGUCCCAACAGGCAGAGGCUGUGGGCCCAGAGCAGCCUGCCUGUCUCCUGGCCAGUCUGCUGGUGGGAGUUCCAAGGAGUGUCUUUCUGGGGCACAGCUCAGCACCCCCUUGUGCAAACAGAUGGAAAGGGCCACCCAUCCAGGCCUGAGGGACCUGGGUGUGUGCACUGCCCACUGGCAUUGUGGGUCUUGGGCAGGCGCAGUGCUGGGCAGGGCUGUCCUCGGCACUGUGGGAUGGGCGGCGGGGUGGGGGACGCUGGGUCGCUGCUGGAGCUGCGGCUGUGCAGUUGGCUCUCCCACCGUUUCGCCUGCCUUCCCUCAUGUCUUUCCCUUGAGUUUUUGACUUUUGCAUUUUUCCUUGGCAAACAUGAACUCAGUCUUUCAUUCUUCAUGUUCAAAAUUUCAGCUUCUCUGGGGCUUGUCAGAGGGCGUGCAGAUCACGCCCGAACUCAGGUAAAGGGGAAAAACUUAAAAAAAAAAAAAAAAAAAAACCAUAAACUGCUGUCUACCUCUGGCUGGGCCCCUGUCACCCGCGGCCAGGGCAGGGUGGCCUGCGUCCCUCUCAGUUUUUGCAGAACAUUCAGGUAUUAAAAGGAAAAAAAAGUAAAAUAAAAAAAUAAAAAUAUAAAUAAAAAGACCAAAAAAAUAAAGUGUGAUUUUGAAAUUUAAAAGAACACUGAAAGUUUACAUUUUAUAAUAACAUUAUUAUGCAGAUUGUAUUUAAACUUCAGAAAUAUUUAAGACAAUUGUAACCAUGUAAAGCUGAUGAGAUAUUAAAACAAGACAAACU